UAAUAGACCCCUCCUUAGCGUCUAUCAAUAGCACUUGCAAAUGCCCCACUUGCCCUUUCAGCCUUGCCGCUGGCCAAACUUUCUGGACGAAUCUCAGCCUCGCGUCUACAAUACCACUGCGUCGUCCAAGAGAAUCUUACAAAUUCAAUUGCUCUACUGUGCCGACGUAAAUCUCACUUAGACCAUCAAGGGACUCUCAUCCAAUUGCGAUCCCCGAAAUCUUUCGUUAGGGAAGAUUAUGCGCUCUUUCCUUCACGAAUAAACCGUUGGGACCAGUCUGGCGUCAUCAGGGUCCCCCAUGAGAGCCUAGCCUGGACGAGUCUAGACGAGUUCAGCUAAACCGCGCCUCGAAUUCCAGACAUCCGUUCUUUUGACUGGUAGCGACAAACAACUCUGGCAGUAGAUAUUUUGCCCCGAAUGCUACUUGGGGGCCGUUCUUUGUUCCAUUCCUAGAUCAACCGCUCGACCGCUCAACAAACCACUACACAUCAUAAACAAUUAUGUCUCAUCCGCCAUCAACACCGGCCAAAGUGCCCGCAGCAGCAACGACUUAUACACCAGCCACACAAGAUGCCGACUUGAGGUCACAGAUAAACAGCCAGUUAUUACGAGAAGGUCACGCAGCCAAAAUCCAAGAACGCUUCCUUCACUCCCUCGACGCGCAUAACUCGAACUGGCCCUCAGCCAUACAAUCACACGCGCUGGCGUUGCUGCGAUCAGGCGAGGUCAGCACAUUCCCGGCCCUCAUGCGGAGGGUGCUCGAGGACGUGCGACGAGACACAGCAGCGGCGACCGCGGCGCUGGCUUCAUCCACCACAGCGAACAACUCCUCGCCAUCAACACACGCGAACAACGACUCCAAUCCCGCUAAAGACGGUGUGAACGGCGCGGCAGCGGUGAAUGGUGCUAGCAGGACGGCCGGUGGUGUUAACGGCACCUCGGCGGGCGCAGACGGCGCCACCAACUUGGCAAUACCAACAGCGGUGGUAGAGGCGGUGCUAAAGGUGGUCAAGGAGAGUCUAGAGGCCGUGUGUGAGAUAGAAAAUGACGGAUCGGCCGGUGGCUAACCUAACAUAAACAUUGAUUUAAUAUUUCCCAAACUAAAGCAGCUUGCCUUCAUGACCCUGGGGCGAACUCAUCAACGUUCCAUGCGACGUUAGAUGCAUAUCUAGAUGUAACGACGAAGUGUAUAACUCUCACCACCCUACCCAGAGUAAGCGAAACAAAGGGGAAAGGAAGUCAUACUGUACUACUUGGCACAUCUUCUUUCAUUUACCUACUUACUUACUUACCUACCUAUUCGUCAUCCAGACGGCAUCAAUCCAAGACCUGAACCGAGCAGAGAAGUUCGGUUGACGGAGAACAUACACCUGCAUACCAUAGAGCAAGAAACUUGCUAUUAUCACCAGUACAUGACCCUCAGUCCCCUAUCUCUAGUGAAAGUCAAUGAAUUAUAUGCGCUGUCGAAGGGGAGCGAAGAGAGAUGAACGCGUCCUUUCACCUCUUACCCUGCGGGCACCCAUCUAUAUACCUACAAUAUAAAUACCCGGUAACAAAACGGCGAAAGACUUCAGUCUCCAACUCAAGCCUCUAAACCCCGAUGUACCUAUCUUAUUCCAACUAUGCUCCAAGUUCUGUUGCAUAGGGUUCAGCAAGGUUUUGACAUACUUCCGAGGAACGUGCCAGCACAUGAUCAUCAAUCAGUCAAUGACAGGCUCGGAAUAGGUUGAAAUUUCCAGAACGCAUGGCGUG